AUGCCUGACACUGAAGCAAAAACUAAAUUCGAAACCAGACAGCAAUCGGGGAAGGAAGGAGGAAGGUUAGCACAGCAUUUAAAUGAUGCUGGCGAAAAAUUUAUCGGAACUGUUAAGCAUGGCAUAGACACAGUUCUUCAUUCUUCAUCCAGAUCGAAGGAGGGAGUUAUUAGUAAUCAUACGUCCAAGAUUAUUCGUGAACUUUCGGAUACUGAACAGGAGCUCUUAUUGGUUGUUACGCAUUCUGAGUAUUGA